CUUCCAGGGAAGUACAUCUCACGGGAUGAUGUGCUCGCGGAUGCCGAGGCGCUGUACGAGAACUCCGUCAGCAAGAGCGCGAUCAGCGAGCACACGGUGGCCGAGCACACCCCCGGGGUGCGCGCGGCGGUCGAGCACACGCCGAGUGAGCACGCCGUGAACGAGCACACCUCCAGCGAGCACACGGCGCCCGAGCACUCGACGGGCGAGCAGACGACCAGCGACGCGUCCGCCGAGCAGGCGAGCGAGAAGCCUUCGAGCGAGGCUUCCAACGAGCAGUCCAUGAGCGAGCAGGCCUCCGGCGACGCGUCCUCCAGCGACCAGCCCUCGGGAGACAAGGCCCAGUCAGAAAAGCCUUCGAGUGAGCAGCCGUCCAGUGAAAAGUCCUCCGGCGAACAGUCAUCCUCAGGUGAAAAGGUGUCUGGUGAACAGCCUCCCGUCACUUCCACCACUGCAGUCACAACAUUAAAUUGCCACACGUGCUCUUACAUGAAUGAUCAAAAAAAGUGUCUUCGUGGAGAGGGAGUUUGUACCACCCAGAACUCCCAGCAGUGCAUGUUAAAGAAAAUCUAUGAAGGAGGAAAACUCCAGUUCAUGGUUCAGGGAUGCGAGAACAUGUGCCCAUCCAUGAACCUCUUCUCCCAUGGGACCAGGAUGCAAAUCAUAUGUUGUCGGAAUCAGUCUUUCUGCAACAAGAUCUAG